CUCUUGCCUCCUGCCUGUUGCAGCAUACGAUCUCGAGACUGGUCAAAUGUAUAAAGACCCUCUCCGUGGGAUGUCUUCUUGAAAUCCUACGACAGCCCAACUCUCUCCUUCAAUCCCUCGUUCUGAACAUUGAGACUCUGAACUCUGUAAUUGAUUGCCCGCAAUCAUGCCUGUCGACAAUCCUGAAAUUGUGCAGGCUGCUGGUCUGAAUGAUAUUCACGCCGAACAGGGUCGGCGCCAGUCGGUGACCAAGGCCGUGGAUGAAAAGACGGUCCAGCAAUACUACAACCCAGAUCCGGAGUAUGACAAUACCCCUACCGAGGCUGAGCUUCAUGGUGCGAAUGCUCUCCGCAGAGUUGCUGCUCCAAUUCCUUGGGCUGUCUACACAGUCGCCUUUGUCGAGCUGUGCGAACGCUUUUCGUACUACGGAACUCAAGUUGUUUACUCCAACUUUGUGAACCAUGCCUUACCUCUUCCCGCCCCGGCUGGACCACCGGGCUCACACCACAACACUGGUGCUGGUGGUGGCAGUGAUCAGGGUAUUUCCGGUGCUCUUGGUCAAGGGCCCGAGACCGCCAACGGUAUCAACACCUUCAACACUUUUUGGGUCUACUGUGUACCCCUCCUCGGCGCCUACAUGGCAGAUGAGCAUUGGGGACGAUACAAGACCAUUUGCGUUUCCAUCGCUAUCGCCAUUGUUGGUCAUAUCAUCCUCGUUAUAUCGUCCAUUCCACCCGUCAUCACCAACCAAACCGCUUGCUAUGCCGUCUUCAUGCUCGGUUUGAUUCUGAUGGGCUUUGGAACCGGAGGCUUCAAGCCCAACAUCUCGCCUUUGAUUGUCGAGCAGAUCAAUGUCACCAGGGCCUUUGUCAAGACGCUUCCUUCCGGCGAACGCGUUGUUGUGGACCCCAUCAUCACUCAAAGCAGAAUCUACCAUUACUUCUACCUCUUCAUCAACAUCGGUGCUCUAGUUGGACAGAUUGGAAUGGUCUACGCCGAAAAGUACGUCGGCUUCUGGCUGGCCUACCUCCUCCCACUCGUCGCCUUCUUGACCACUCCCUUCGUCAUGUGGUGGGGCCGCAAGCGUUACCAGCAGCGACCACCAGCCGGCUCCGUCGUCACCAAGGCAUUCCGGGCCCUUUUCUUCGGCAUGCGUGGCCGCUGGUCAUUGAACCCCGUGACCAUGUACAAGCGCACUCAUGAUGGCUCCCUCUGGGAAGCUGUCAAGCCCUCCAACAUCCAACCAUCGCAAAGACCAAGGUGGAUGACCUUUGACGACGCCUGGGUUGAUGAGGUCCGCCGUGGAUUCAAGGCUUGCGCCGUCUUCUGCUGGUAUCCGCUUUACUGGCUCGCUUAUGGGCAGUUAACGAAUAAUUUCACAGCUCAAGCCGGGACCAUGACCUUGAACGGUGUCCCCAACGACGUGGUCAACAACCUCGACCCCUUUGCCUUGAUCCUCUUCAUCCCCAUCUGCGACUCCUUCUUGUACCCGGGUCUCCGCAGACUCGGCUUCAACUUCACCGCCAUCAAGAAGAUCACUGCAGGAUUUUGGCUCGCUUCCGCUGCCAUGAUCUGGGCCGCCGUGGUGCAAUACUACAUCUACAAGACUUCCCCCUGCGGCUAUCACGCCAACGACUGCUUCAACGACGACGGCAGCGUCAACCCUGCGCCAAUCAUUGUUUGGGCUCAGACCGGCUGCUACGUCCUCAUCGCUUUCUCCGAGAUCUUCGCCUCCAUCACCUCGCUUGAGUAUGCCUACUCCAAGGCUCCCAAGAACAUGCGAUCCCUUGUUCAGGCCAUUGCCCUCUUCACCAACGCCGUCUCAGCCGCCAUUGCCGAGGCCCUCAACCGCCUGAGUGGUGAUCCAUUGUUGAUCUGGAACUACGGUGUCUUCGCUGUCUUGUCGUUCCUUGGCGGUCUUUUCUUCAUCAUCCAAUUCUGGAGCCUCGACAAGGAGGAAGAUCAACUCAACUUGUUGCCAGAAGGACACGUCGUUGCAUGGAAGGACGAGGAACACCUGUCAGAUGAUGAACUGCCUGCUCCCACUACUAUUGAAGAGAAGCACUAGGCUUUGAUGUGGGAAGGUAUCAAUGAGCAGUGAAU